CAGUAGCAACAUCAACACACCAGUAACACUGCAACAGCAGCACCAGCAACACAAGCAGCAAAAUCAGCAUAAGUAAACAAAUCAUUUAGCACCAAAAUAUAUUGGCUGCCAGCUAAAUUGCCAUUCUGUCCUCGCUACUGCCUGGCUUUGACUCCGCUUCUACUUCUUUCCAAGCUUGUGCCCAAACUCAGUCAAGCUGGCGUCGUUCAAGCAGCAAACUAACAACAACACUAUUAGCAACUAUAAUAACAAUAUAAUGUGGAGUAGUACUAUAUCGCCAACCAACUCUAAGAAACUACUGAUCGGAAGCACACGAAGCGUUGAUUAUGUCGGUGAUAGUGCGAGGACAGCAGCAGGCAAUAACAAAACAGGAGCAGCAGCAGCAGGAGCCAAAGGAUCAAAAGCCAAAGCCACCGCAGCAGCAGCAGCAGCGAACACCACUAAGAUCUCAAUCGAAAUGGAGCUCCAUAUACAGAAUAAGUGCAUUUCGGCAUAGCGCAUCACUCUGGAGGGUGGUGCGGAGCCGCCAUGGCUGCAGGGCCCCCUUAAAGCCGCAUUUUUGGGGGCUGCUGGGGUCGGCAAAACAAGCAUAUUACAGCAAUUUUUCUACCAUGACUUUCCCAGGACUCAUCAGACGACAACGCAUCGCAAGAUUUAUAAAAACUGUCUGGUCUGCGACACCUGCAUACGUGAGCUGAUGGUACUGGACGUUCCACCCCAGAAGCGAUUUCCGGCUGACAACUUCGCCGAAUGGAACAACGGACAUCCGCUGGGGCUGCGAACGGUGCACGCCUAUGUCUUAGUCUACGACAUGGGAAAUUUGGAAACCUUUCAGUACUGCCGCUCGAUGAGAGAUCAAAUCUUGGACAGUUUCAGUCAUCGUGAUUUUAGCAUAAUUGUGGUCGGCAAUAAAUUUGACAAUGUGACUGAGGCGCAGGCCAACUCGCAGGAGCUCAAGGAUAUUUCCACGCUGGUGCGCAAACAUUGGCGCUGCGGCUACGUCGAGUGCUCGGCGCAAUAUAACUACAAAAUCGGCGACGUUUUCCGUGAGCUGAUGGGCUGCACCAGCACGGGAGGAGGAGGUGGCGCCGGCGGUGGCGUGCCCGGGGUCGGUGGCCUGGUUGGCACUGAGUACUCACAAUCAACUAGGAAUAAAGGACGCUGUACAAUACUUUAGCAAAUGUUGCAUAAGUUUUUUAAGCAAACGCUCUGAUCUGGCGCAUUAUAUCCGAGUGAAUUCUUUGCGACAAGCAGCUGCUGCAGCUGGGACAAGGUGGCGUAUACGCAAUUUCCAUGGAGGACACACAAAAACGACAUUGUUGCCCCUUGCCAAUGCUUGCUGAUGCAUAUUUUAACAUAUAUUUUUAGUGGCCACACUCUGUACUCCCGAGUCCCCACCACCCCCUUUGCCAUUAUUACUACAUUUUUCUGGCUGCUUUUAUGGGCGCUUUCUGCUGUGCUCAUUUAAAUGGCAGUGGGACCGCCGAACAGAGGAUACGUUUGGCCAGCGGCAAAGGCACCCAGAUUCCGAUCCUUGCUAACAACUUUUGAACGUCCGCAUUUGCAAUUCAAUGCUGUAAGCUGGCAGGAAGUGUAGUUGCCAUGAAUAUGCAGCGAUAUCCGCAAAGUGCAGCAACAAUUGCCGGCGAGAAAGUUUUAUUCUUUGCGGUUAUUAUUAUUGACGUUGUGGUUAUUAUUUCUGUCGUGGAACGUAAAUAGGCAAUUAAUCCCACCAUAAUUUACAAUACACUUUAUGUACGAACGAAUAACCUUGUUAUCGAAACAACCCGAAAUCGUUUAGGUACUUAAGUAGUCAUCCUAAGCUAUACACAUAAAUUAAACAUACUUUAACGUUGUGAUCAUUUCAAGAAUUAGUUCUUAAGGCACAAAACAGACAGAACGUCAGUUCAUGUCAAGUAAAGUCAAGUCUCCGAAACUGAAUUACCAGAAAUACUUAGUACUAAGACAAAAUACGAAAUAAGAGCAAUUUAAAAAAUAGCCAUACGUAUUAAGGAAAGCGACCGAUGGUGGUAAAAUCAAAGAGUUACAAUCACUCCAUCAAAAUCCCCAAUAGGUUUGCUGCACAUCCGUGAAAUUGUACACCCUUCAGAGGGCAUUUUCAUAAGCGGCACGUUUUGUUCAUGCAAUCUAAAAUCAAAUCAAUGCAAUAGAAUUUAAAUCAAUUAUCGUGUUUAUAAAAUAUUAAAAAACCAAGUAAGUUAUUCAUUUUUGUCGUGAAGCAGUCGUGAUCAAGAAGCCUUAAGAACCCAGAAGCAAAUAUUUCAUAGUAAACCUUAGAUUUAACUACCAAAUACAACUUGAUUGAAGCGCACAAAGAACGACGAUUGUGUUAUUAUCGCAUACUCUAAAUUGUUAGACCCUAGGUUAAAGGUCAAAUCAAAUACCGAACUAGCCGAUCUCUUAACACUGCUCUUACCACUAUUAAUCGACAAGUUAGUUAAAUUAUGUGCUUAUCCACGAAACACAUACAUACCAUACCGAUCUCUUUCUUUACCUCAACAACUCAAACUACUCAAACUCAAAAGAAAAGCAAUCAAGGCUGACUUUGUACAUAGAGAUUUCAAAGGAAGAACUUUUCGAAAAGCCAUGGAAACCGACUUUUACAGCAAUAUAAGUAAGCUCUAACUGAUAUUCAAGGUAAAUAACUGGGCGCACUGCCAAAAAUUGGUUCCACUCCCAGUUGAGUGUUCGGCUAAGAUAAUAGUUAAUAAAUAGUUAAGAUAACAAAUAAAUUCAAAACAAUUUUUUGAAAUUAUUUCAAGGUUAACCAAUGCAAAAUCGAUAAUAAUACCAGAAGUAAUAUACCAUUAUUGUUAUUAAAUAUAUUUAAAUAUGAAUUAAAUAUAUAUUUGGCGGCUUUGAUAAAGGACAUAUACCAUUAAAAAACAUUAAUGAUAUAUAUCAGCUUACUUUGCUUACUUGUUCAACUGAUCCAAACCGGGAGUUUUGAGGACUCGCAGCUAUCACCUAUCACACGUCACCGAACUGAUCCCAACUUGAGAAAUGUGUUCACAACAUGUUACUUUCCAAACUGAAACAACCCAUUGUACACUUGCAAUAACCUCCUCGCAAGUAAGCAACUGAAAGCCCUAUAAUAGACAUAUUUAUAUGAAACAUAACUAUAUAUACACAUAUAAAAAUAUAACGAUAAUGUAACGAGUUUGGUUCGAGUUUUUGCCUUUAAUUUUCAACUUUACGGAUUCGUCAAAAUGGCUGUUAAUUUUUGGGAAAUAAAGAUGCUAAUGCAGAACAGUUGAAGGGAAUUAAACAAAAAUAUAAUAAACGCAAGAAGGACAAUUGUUUAAUUAUUUACACUUAAGCAACGCGUUGCCUGCGACAGUUUGUAAUAGAGGAGAAGAAGAAUAUAUGAGUAGCGAGAUAGCAAUUAAAGCCUAAAAAUUAAAAUAUGUAUUAACAAAUCAAAUGCUUCAGCCGCUUGUUGUUUGCUCAAACCAGUCAAACGUAAUUAAUUUUAAGUGAAAGCCGCUACAUUUAGAUAAGUAUUACAAAAGUGCAUAGGGCGCUCAUGAUCUCUGUUAUUUUUUUUAUAAUAAAAGGCAUGACGCAAAUGCAAGUAGAAACAAAUUGUUAUUGUGACAGGAGCUAGCCACAGAUUAGCAAGAGACACGCACCGAAACUAAAUGUUAAGCAAUUUAAUAUUAAAUGUCGGCCGAAAACGGAAGCAAACAAAUUGUACUUAGUGUAGUAUGCACUACGGGCAUGAGUAUGGUGAAUAUGGUGAAUAUUCCACAAACCGUUAGAAAAGUAGAGAACGUUUUUGAAAAAUGCGCAACAGUCGCAAAUAAAAACAAAAUAAAGUGAUAUAUAAAAUUGAA